AACUCAAGCGAAUAUUGAACCGACUGAAGCAAAUAUUUUCUCCCGUGAAAAGUCGACAUUCCAGUUAAAAACUGGAUUUCAUCAAGCAAAAGUAUCAAAAGUGCAUUGUGUCUGGUGCCUAGCGGGGGGACAACCCCCUCUCCCUUCAGCGGAGAGGUAAACGCGAGCGUGCAUGUCGAACAGAAAGAUAUUUAACGUCUAGCUGGGAAGUGGACUAUUAGGAAUAUGCAACACGUCGUGAGGUGUCUUCCGCUCUUCUGGGCCGUCGUCGUGGGCCUGCCCGGCCCCGCGGCCCGCCACCAGCAGCUCUGCUUACGCACGUGUACCCUCUGGCAGAGAACCGGCCUUUCGAUAAACGCAACAGUGACAGACGCGUUAGGCUGCCUGGCCGAAGAACAAAAUUCCUGCCUGGAGUGCGUCCGAGAGCAAAUUAGGGAAACAGAAUGUAGAAAAAUGUGCAGCUUGCCAGAAGCGACUUCUUGCAUUGGAAAGUGCGCCUGUUUGAGAAACGACGCAGCCACCUCUGGGUCGACCGUUUCAGGUCAGGAGCCGAAGCUUUUGUGUAGAGAUGUCGAAGAGAAUGCAAUGAUAGUGGUGCUCGCAUUUCCAUCUCAAAAGAACGUCAAAGCCGCCUCCGUCAGAAUCAGACAAAGCGACGAGUGGACGAACUUCCAACCACCGAAAAUAAGGCCAUGGAUUCGUCUGACAAAUCUGACGUUCUCGGAAAGGUACGAAGUGCGUCUGACUUCCGAGGACGGCGAUUUUGCGCACGGCUUCUUCAGCACUCUGGGCCGCAAUCACACGCCGCUUGAGGUCACAGGAGUGCACAUCUCGAAUUAUGUAUCUGGAGCUGAUGAGGCUCUGUACGCAAAUAUCUCUUGGACGCCGGCUGCCGAUCGUCCUUGUAAGUACUCCAUCUUGGUUAACAGCGAUGACACAGAUUACUACGAGCCCGUAAAACGAGGGUUUGAGUUGCGAAAGGUGAUUUUGGGAAUGAAUGCUGCCUUCGUAGUGGUUCCAAAGUUCGGAAAUAAAGAAGGAAAGCCAGCCGUCUUCAGGAACCAGGUUCCUCUUUGCCCAGAAACACUGACAGACCCUGAGGGAAACGUUCUUCCUCCCAACCACGUCCAUUGUCAGCCGUUGCCGCCAACAGAGUUGUGCAGCAUUGAACAUCGCGUUCCAGAAGGCAUAAAAAUCAACGUGACGUGGACAGCUGCGCUGCAGCCGCUAAGGGCGCCGCAUAUAUAUUCUUUUAAACUUACACAUUUUGUCAACACGCGCCAGAAAAAUAUUGGCAUUGUCUCAAUCGAUGCGACGAGAAAAGGAAAUCAUCCGAGUUGGUCAACAGUAAUUCCUGCCAAUGCGACCAAACACGGCUACACCAUCGAAAUUGCAGCAGAGAGCCUGUCAGCGAUCGGCCCGAAAAACAGAGUGGUCCGCUAUAUCGACAAGAAAAACAAUUGCUUUGUGAGCAAAAAUAACUGUCCAUCGUCAGGAGAAUUUAUUAACAAAGUGACAGAAGCAGUUUUGUUCAACAACUCGUCAGUACCAGUAGUGUCCGCGGGCGCAGGGGUGGUGAUUGUGGCCGUCUGCCUGUUCGUCAUCGCCUUCGUGGCGCACAAGAAACGAGCAAAUGCCAAGAGAAGGAAAAGGGGGAUGCACUUCGACAGUCAGCUGAACAACGCCAGAUCUUUUGGGAAGCGAGUCAAUGUCACCACAGAGAAGACGAGUGUGCUUAGACUUGGACACAAACUCGGCGAAGGACACUUUGGCGUCGUCUACAAGGCCGAUAUGUGGCAGCCAGAGCAGAAAACUUGGGCCGUCGUCGCGGUCAAAACUCUAAAAUCAGGCAGUGGGGACGACGUGGCAAAGUCCCAAUUUGCCCAGGAGAGCUCGCUGAUGAAGGAGGUGGGCCGACACCCGCACGUGGUCAGUCUGCUAGGCGAGGGCGAGCUGCCGCACAACGACGGUUACUACAUGGCGGUGGAGUUUUGCGAACGCGGUGACCUACUCAACCUCCUGCGCUCGCACUACCUGUUGAUGGACGAGGAGCGUGCCUACGUCAACGACCAGCAAAUCUCGAACAACCUGCACAUGGUUUCAAACCAGGGAUAUGAAAAAUGGAGCACGGUAGGAGGCAAAACUCCCUUGAGAGCCAUGGACCUGAUGUCAUUCGCCAGGCAAAUUGCACUCGGAAUGGAAUAUUUGGCCAGCAUAAGAAUUGUCCACCGCGACCUGGCUGCCCGAAAUGUGCUUGUGACGUCAGACAUGCAGCUAAAGGUGGCCGACUUUGGCCUAAGCAGGGACGUCUACGAGGGUAGCAUCUACUUCAAGCAUCAGGGCCCAGCCAGCCUACCCCUCCGAUGGAUGGCCUUGGAGGCUAUCGAGAGAAGCAUGUAUACCAGCGCAUCUGACGUGUGGUCAUUUGGAGUAUUAUUGUGGGAAGUCUGGACGAUGGGCAAGGAGCCAUACGCGGGUCUGAGGGGGGCGCAAGUUUUGGAUGCCCUCAAAAAAGGCCACCGACUUGCCAGGCCAGAAGCGUGUCCAGUCGACUUGUACAAAAUAAUGUUGCAGUGCUGGUCAGAGAUUCCUCUCUCGAGACCAACAUUUAGCGAGUUCAGGUCGCUAGUGGAAAACAUGAUAGAAGCCAAUUCUUAUUUGCCAGUUAAAGAGAACAACAGAAAUUUUCCCUCCGAAGAUGCGCCUUUGCUGAUAGAAGAAGCAGCUAAAAUAGACAAUGUUGAUUGAACAGUAUUUUUACAAGUAUUUUCACUGUUAUCAUUGUUGCCUCAUUUGUACCAUGUUCACCAUGCAUCAAAUCCGUGUAUUAUUAAAAUAAAACUUUUUUAAGGAAAUACAA